AAGAGCCGUUAGCGCCUGUCUUCGUUCAAAUUCAAACCAAGCUUUACUCUCAGUCUCUGCUUCUUACCAGAACCCUGUCCUCUCUCACACACAUCUUUCUCAUCUGACACAAAAAACAGCAAAACCAUGCUUAAGCUCCAAUCUCCACUCACCGGAGACAAGGACCUCCGGACAAAAUCUGGCCGGAAACCACUCCAACCAAAGAACUCGCCGGCAACUCCAAUGACUCAGAUUCAAAUCUUGAAACCAAAGCAAGAGUGGACUGAGUUCUCAGUUGUUAAAGACUCCAACAAAGAGAACCAUCCUAUCUACAACACUACCCCAACAAAACCCAUCGUUGAGCCAUUGGAUUCUUCUCUGGCAGAAGAACUUAGUGCCAUCAAGAAGAAGCUAGAGAGGUUGAGGUCAGACAAAGAGCGAACAGAGAAGAUGCUUGAAGAGAGGGCAAUGGUGCUUGAUUUGCAAAAGAAGGAGCUGGAGCAGAGAGGGGAAGUUCAGAAGAGGCUAGAGAUUGAAGUUGACAGACUUUAUAGAUUGAAGGAACUCCAUUCCUACUCUAUGCAGAGAAUUUCACCAAUUCGAACGCUGAGGGAGAAGGAACAUGAAAAGAAGAUGAGUGAAGCGCAACCUCUUGAAAAGGAAACAGAGGAAUUGGAGGAAUCAGUGGGAGACAAUGCAAUGCAGAGUCCAAGUUCAAGUUGUGGUUCAGCAAAUUCUGUUUCAUCUCAAUUUGUUGCUGUGAAGUGAGGAUUUUUCUCGACUGUAAUUGUGUUUUGAUUUGUGGGUUUUGGUUUUGUGGAUUCUAUCUUGUUUUCUGUUCUUUCUCUUCUACACUGCUUCGCUGUAGAAUUUGGAAGAUGGUUUUGAAAAAGAAAAAAUAGUAGUUAAUAGUUUGAAUCUUGAAUUCUGAAAUCAUGAUUAGCCGCUAUAUUUGACUUUUA